UCUAGUUACAGUAUGGCGGCUUGGACUUGCGGAGGAGGACAACUUCUUCUAGAUUCCUUCCAGAAAACUGUAGGAAGGCGACGGCUUUAACUCAUAACCGCCUCGGCAAACGCCGGCUGGACUGAGACAGACGACGGCAGCGCAACUUGUGGCUUUACGGAGGUUUUUUCCUGGAAGAUAAUCGGGCUGGUGUGAUGCGUGAGGACCCGCAGUCAAGAAACUCCCCUGAUUUUUCCGCGUCUGACUGUCAGUUAGCCCGGCUAGCUGCUCGGUAGCUCACCACCUCCAUGCUAACGUUCGCUUGCAGGGCUCCGUUGUAGCCAAAAGGCGGGCUAGCUUGCUGCUUUUAUUUGCUCCAGGAGACAGGGAUGGCACUUCGCCUCCACCCGGUAAGCGAACUGGUUGAGUGGGGUGGGGAGAAAACAUUUCAGGACCUGGUUGAUAAGUUUGUCAGCACUCAUUAGCCUAGCCUAGCCUAGCCUAGCUUUGCUGGUACAACGCCAGAAAACGUUGGCCGAGAGUUAGCGCUCUGCCUGUCCACUAGCAAGCUAGCCAAUUAGCAUUUUAGUUGCACAAGAAGACCUGCUAAUCCCCGGUUCAUCCCGGCUGAGUGUUUUGAAGCCUCUGCACUAACUAAUUCAGACCAAGAGCGGAGACUGAACUGCAUUAGUUGGCCUAAUUGACCGUUAAUGUUUAAUAACUCAGGGGUGUUUUGGCGUUCAGUCUUGCUAGGUGUCGUUAGCGACCUUUAUAGGUGUUCUGUGGAGGGAGUGGUAACGUUAGGUAGCUAGCUAAGCUUCCCUGUAUCAGGGCAACAGUGUCACUUAGAUUAUGGCUGUAAAUGGUGAAUAUUUUUCAGAUGACAAAUGUACUUAACGCCAAACGUGCGUGAAUCGACUGGCGUGUUGCACAUUGGGGUGUGUGCCCCUUGUUAGCUCGCUGCAAGACAAGACUUAACACUGCUAGAAAGCGCGCAAUAAUAUUAUUAAUUGACCCUGUAUACAUUCGAUAGGUUGUUUCCUGGAUUGGUCACUCAUUCAAUCAGUGGUCACAAGUACUGGUGUGAGCUGUUGCUAUCUUGGGAGGACUAACCAUCCAGUCUGUGGUGCCUGACUGGCUUCCCUCGCCUGCUUCAGUGCUGGAAUAGUUUGAUGGACGUGGGAGGCUGUUUUCCAGGCUGUCAGUGCUAUACUCAGUCAUGUAUGUCUUGACACAUGGCACCCUGGUCUGUACAUAGUGCCUGCUGUCACAUAAGAAUCGUUAUGUAGCUUUGGUGGACAGUCAGUGAGGGGAAUGUCUUGUCUUUUUUCUACCUGUUGGUUUGUUUUUUAUUUUCGUUUGUUCCAAACACAGGAGAGUCUUGUUGAUUCGAAGUGGGAAAGCGGUGCAGCCUGGGCUGUGCACAGUGGACAAUGUCUAUUAGUUAGUGCCUAGGAACUCAAAGGACUAACAGUUCUGCCUUCAUAUAGGCCACAGAUAUUGUAGAUUAUUCAUUGGGGAUUCCAACAGAACUGCCACUCUGGAUCAAGAAAACCUGCCCCUCGUGUCUGGUUGGAGUAACACUCUUAAGCCAAAAUCAAUGCCUUCAGCGCUGGCUGUGUUCGCCUGCCGACCCAACUCACACCCAUUCCAGGAGCGGCAUGUGUACCUGGAUGAGCCAGUCAAGAUCGGCAGGUCGGUGGCUCGGUGUCGGCCGGCCCAGAACAAUGCCACCUUUGACUGCAAGGUGCUGUCCAGAAAUCAUGCCUUGGUUUGGUUCGACCACAAGACUGGCAAGUUCUACCUGCAGGACACUAAAAGCAGCAACGGGACGUUCAUCAACAGCCAGAGGUUGAGUCGUGGCUCGGAGGAGAGUCCGCCCUGUGAGGUGCUCUCCGGCGACAUCAUUCAGUUUGGCGUCGACGUCACUGAGAACACACGCAAAGUCACCCAUGGCUGCAUUGUGUCAACAAUCAAACUCUUCCUACCUGAUGGGAUGGAGGCACGCCGACGAAGCGAUGUCAUCCAGGCUCCGUUACCACUACCUGUAGACAAGGUUGCAGCCAACACUCCCAGUAUGUAUUCUCAGGAACUGUUCCAGCUCUCCCAGUAUCUACAGGAGGCCUUACACAGAGAGCAGAUGUUGGAGCAGAAGCUAGCCACUCUGCAGCGUCUGUUAGCCAACACUCAGGAGGCCUCAGAGAGCAGCUGGCAGGCUCUGAUCGAUGAAGACCGUCUUCUCUCCAGACUGGAGGUGAUGGGCAGUCAGCUACAGGCUUACUCUAAGUCCCAGACGGAGGAAGGGAUCCGUAAGGAGCUCUUGGCUCUUCAGGAGGACAAACACAACUAUGAGACGACAGCUAAGGAGUCUCUGAGGAGAGUCCUCCAGGAGAAGAUCGAGGUGGUCAGGAAGCUGUCAGAGGUGGAGCGGUCACUCAGUAACACGGAGGAUGAGUGCACCCAUCUGAAGGAGAUGUCUGAGAGGGGCCAGGAGGAGCUGAGGGAGCUUGCCAACAAGUACAACGCUGCCGUCAAUGAGAUCAAAGAGCUCACUGACAAAAUUAAGGCGGCAGAGGGCCGGCAGGAGGAGCUGACUCAGCGGGGAGCGACAGAAAAGAGGGAGUUGGAGCUGCGGAUCGAGGAGAUGGAGGAGAAGGAGCAGGUUCUCCAGGCUCGCAUCGAAGCUCUGCAGGCCGACAACGACUUCACCAACGAGAGGCUCGCAGCCCUGCAGGAUGUCGACAUUGUCUCCCACGGACCAGUAGAGGAGCCUGUCGAGGACAAAAAGAGCCUGCAGACACCCGAGAGCCAGGAUGAAGACGAGGAUGAGGAGGAUACAGACACAGAUGAUGGUGCAUUUGGUGAAGAUGAAGAUAAUGAUGACAACUGUCAUGUUAACAACAGCGGAGGAGACUCGACUAGAAUCCAACAGUUGAUUGAGUGUCCGCCGGUCAAACAGCUGAAGGAGACUGUAAGUUCUUCAAUCCACAAACUGGCCAACUUUGAUGAAGUGAUGGACGCCCACCUACAGAACAACCAGACGGCAGAAGACGACAUCCUGGCCAGCCCAGAUCGACUCAAAGGGAAUCAGAUGGAUGCCAAAGAGUCCGACAUGUCAGACACUCUGAGUCCCAGCAAAGACCGCAGCAGUGACGACACGUCAGACGGCAACAUGGACGACCAGGAGCUCAAUGAACCACAGAACAGAGUAGCUCUGCUCAAAGCUGAGUUGCAUCGGGCUGGUCUAGAGCCUGGAGACACGGAGCAGGUCAUCCACCACCUCCACAGAGAGCUCCUAGACGCCCAGGAAUUAGCCAAUACUGGCAAACAGAGGUGUCUGGAGCUACAAGCUCUGCUGGAGGACGAGAGGAGGAGUAACUCUCAGCAAACUGAAGAGUCGACCAAACAGAUCCAGUACCUGCAGACUCAGCUUGGGAAGCUGCAGGCCGACAUGGAGGCACUGAGGGAGCAGAGGGAGAGCACCAUCUGCACCACCAGAGAGGAACUCUGCUCCGCCCAGGAAGAGAUUCUCGUCCUGCGGCACGCCAUGGAGGCAGCCACGGCGGAGCGGGAGCGCGAGAUUGCUGCCCUGCAGGCUGACCUCAGCAGCGUGCGAUCAGAGCUGGACCACUGGAGGGAAACGGCCGCCAAGUAUGAGGGGGAGAUCAGCCGGCUGCAGGAGGCCUUCACACAGCAGCAACAGCAGCAGAGCACUGCCAACCAGCUGCAGGCGGAGUGUGCUACGUUGCAGCAGCGGUGUGUGUGUUUGCAGCAGGACUGUGACGGCCUGAGAGGUGAACGGAAAGCUCUUACAGAGAAACUGCACCGCCUGGAGACUGAGCUUAGCAGCACCAGGGAGCAGAGUCAGGUCCUCAGCAGCAGUCUGGAGUCUCUGGAGAAGAGGGAGGAGGUUCUGCAGGACAAAUUGGGUUCUCUGGAGAAUCAACACCUGCAGGACGCAAGCAAGCUGAAGAGCCAGCUGGACCAGGCCAAGGCCCACACACACACACUGCAGAGAGAGUAUGAAGACACACAGUCCCAGCUGUUGGACCUCCGUCAGCGCUAUGAGAGAACAGAGAAGGAGAAGCUGAAUAUCCACCAGGAGCUGGAGCAGUGCAGAAACAGCCUGAAGCUGCUGCAGGACAAGACCAGUUCUAGCGGCUGGAGCCCCUGGAUGCCGGUCAUCGCAGUGAUGGUCGCCGUGACGGCAGCCGUCCUCUACCCGAACCUCUCCAAGAGCAGCUCCACCUAGGACACACACACACACACACACACACACAGACACACAUGCGCACACAGAGCGCUGUGAGGAGAGCAUCACUGCUUUACUUGUAUAAAGUCUAAUUGUACAUAAUUGUAGAGGGAAUAUAAAGGUUGUGGUUUCUACAGAGGAUUCAGAAGCUUCUCGGUUUAUUUUGUUUUUGUGUUGUUUUAUUUUCUGCGGCGGGAAGUUUUGUUGUCGUUUUUAUUCUCGGCUCUCUCUCAGCUGUGGUGGGGGCUCUUUUGGUUUUUGUCUCUCUGCUGAUUUCUGGGUUAACGAAGCGUUCUCCAGCAGGCCGAGCUUCCACACAAAACACCUGCCAGAGGUGACGUUCACACCCGUCCCAUCGUACCAACGGGAUCAAGGCGAAAGCAACACUUUCCAGCAGUCUGGGAAACAUGAUCUAUAAUCUGCAGGUCUGCAUUUAUUUGCUGAAGGAUCUGCACACCUUGUGAUAGAUUUCAUUGGCUAUUGGAGUCUGUGAGCAGGUGUGUUCACCUGUAGCUCCGCCAGAACUGGUUUUUCAGCUGGUUGGACUGGCUGCAGCGCUCCUUCAACCCUGAGGGUAGCUCUCAUGCUGGACUGACACAUUUUGAUUUUCAGUGUCUUUACUUAGCAAAGUCUUUUCUUUAAAUUGUCUCCAUAUUUAGCUUUAACUUUAAAUUCUCAAAACCAGCUCAGUGCCUCACCUGCCUCCUAUAAAUGUCUCUGUGACAUCAUCAGUGUGAGUCAUGUGUGUCGCUUUUUUAGAGCUAUUCAUGUGUGUAUGAUUACUUUUUGAUUUUAGCUGCAGAUAUUUGGUGCCAUUGUGCUCUUUAUCUUUGAAUUUGGCCAUCUUUUGUUCCUGAAACAUACAGUAUUCUCUUUUUGUCUUGUCAGAGCAGAUGAUUGAUCAAAAUAACAAAUUACCAACUCGACAAAACAGAUUAUAAUUCAAUUAAAUGCAAAUUUGUUUGGUAAAAUGUGCCACUAAAGCUUGGUAAAAGCUCUAAUGUUUUUUACAUAUCACCUUCAGAAUAGGCUCUGUUUCAUGAUGUGUUCACACCGAAUGCAGAGCGAAUGUUUGCAUCACGUCACUCACAUGACGUUUUUUUUUUUGGAGUAUUUAGCAACUGGGGAAUUCGUCCUCAACAGUUGUGCUAACUAACAGAGGAAUGCAGCUAACGGCCAACUCCGAAUCUGUGUGAACCAAGACGGCAACACUUUUUAAAAUUUGGCAUACUGUCACGUUACGUUACCGCCUCACUCUUUCCAUUGUUGCCUUUAAAUUAAAGAUCAACUUAAAUUACUUAAAUCGUUUUGCUAGGGAGCACCCAGAGAUGUAUAAUAAUAACAAGAUACCAGACACCAAGAUGGCACCUAUUCAGGAACUGCUUGUCUUGUGCAUAUGUCAAAAAAGCCUCAAGAUUCUGCGUUUACUUCCUCGGUAUGCAGCCCACUGUCCCUCGUGGACAUGGGUGGAUGAUGCCAUUUUCAACACGCAGCCCCUCACAGACACGAGGACACGUAAACUAUGAAUUGGCCCUUAGAGAGAUCGGGUGACGAGCUCAGACAUCUGCAGGAAGCUCAUAGUAGAGCUGCUGCUUCUUCAUUUGAAACGAGGCCAGUUGAAGCGGUUUGUGUGCCUCCCAUUAGAGGUUGUCUGGGCACGUCCAACUGGUAGAAGGCACCAGGACACACCCAGAACACUAAAUAUGCACAGUAAUGUUUCUCCCGCUGGCCCCGCCCAUGGGUUCCCGCUCAGCUCACAGACUUGACACUGUGAUGAUGUCGCAGAUUUUUAAAUGUACAAAUGUAAAACCUCCAUGGAUCAAGAAUUUAUAAGAGAGGCAUAACUGUCCUUGUUGGAGGUGUCCCGUCAACAGUUUUACAGAGGUCUCUUUUGUUACAAUGGCCUGUGGGAAAGAUGCUUCUUGGACCGUAGGGGAUUUGUUUCGCUGCAAUACCCCAAGUGGCCACUUGGAAAUCACCUCAACAAAAUAGCGUACACUUUGAAGGCAGUGUCCUGUGAAUUUUUCACUCAAGCCGAAACAUUUCAACUCAUGCUAAAAGCACAAAUCUCACAUAAUUUGCGUCUUUGCAUUGACUUUGUAAAAUGCUCGCUUCGCAUUCAGUGUGGACACAAGUGGCUGUCUUUAGUAACUUGAAUAUUUCAUAGAUUUCUGAAACAAACGUGUGAUAAUAAGUCAUUAUCACUCAGCAGGAGUCCCCUUAUCGUGUAAAUUACAUGUUUAUAUGAAACUGUGAAUCUGUAUCACAAAAUCAUCUCCAGACAUCAGUAAAACAACAAAGUAAAUUCACGUCAAUAGUAAAUGUACAUCUGCGUCGUUACAUUUAGACAAAGUGUCGUCAGUUCACCUGAAUCAGCAUUUCAGUUUCUGUCGACCUGAUGAUGAUCUGUGUCCACCUGCUGGAAAGUGUUCGCGUCCAGGUGUUCACAGGAAGUCCUGCUCUACUCUGUUCUGGUUUGAGUCGGACAUGUUGGAUGUCUAACAUGCCGUUUUUCUCUGUUAUUGUAUUCCCUUUUUUUCCAGGGAAGUUUUGGGGGACGGGGUUGAAACUUGAAGCCAAAUUAUUAAAAUAAAAAUCAGAUUUAUUUUCUGUUUCUUUUUCGGGGCACAGUAAAGGGGGUCAAAGUGCCUCUGAUGUAACUAACUAACACCACAGUUUGUGUACGUGUGCCGACAAACGAGCGCACAGCAGCACACACUUUCUCUAGUGAACACACACAAACACACACAUCAUUUAUGUGACUGUCAGAGGUCUGUCGGUGUUGAGUGUGGAGAGAAGCUGAACGUUGGUGACCCACAGUGUCUGUGAAGCUUCUUUAGGGCGGUUAAAAGCUCUAACAGCAGCCAGUAAGCGGACCUUGAGUUUAGUUUGUCAAAUUAUUGUCGUGGCUUCACCCAGAUUUCCAUCAGCUGGGUGAUUUUUUUUAGCCACGUUCAUGGCUGUUAGGAUGCUCAGGACAAACUUUUUUGAGAUUGAUUGUCGUCUCCAGUUCUCAUCUUUCCAACAGCAUUACUUCCUGUUGAGUAUCGAGCUUGAACGCCUCACAGAGCUGCAGGAAGAAAAUCAGCUUCUCUCUGACUUGAAACACUCGAGGCCUCUGCUGAGAUGUUUUUAGCAGACAUUAAAUUAUUUUGAGACGUGUGUGUUUGUGUGUGUGUGUUUGGGGGCUGGUGAGCAGGGGGGGAGUGUGUGUCGGUUCACACUCUGGACUCUUUGUCAUCGUUCGUGUACUCUGUCUCGUCUCCGUGUUUAAAAAAAAAAAAUCUAAAUAAAAGUCAACGAACAAAUAUUCCUGAUGUUUAAAGAGAAAAACACUACAGUACAGAGAGAGAAUUGUAAAAUAAAAUGUUAUUGAAUGAUGUGCUACUAGACUUAUUUUGUUAAAACUGUUUAGAGAUAUGAGAGGGAGCUAUGUAGAGGAUAUGAUGAUGGUGAUGAUGAUGAUGAUGAUGAUGUAAUGAAUAUGCAGAGCGAUGUUUGGAUUAAAGUUGUAGCAAGCUGACCCACCAAA